AAGGACAACGGGAGGGGAAGGCGGUGGUUGGCAGCGGCCGAGGGGAGGAGCGGCCGCUUCGCAGCCACGGGAAGGGGCAGGAGGAGGGCAGGGAGAAAGCGCUGGGACCGCACAGGCGCCGCUGUUUCCGGCUGCCGGUGGGGAUGUGGUGCGAGGGCCCCGGGCCCCCCAACAGACGGAGAAGCUGAACCGCCGGGCAGAGGUGGAGAAUGGGGUGCGGGAAGAUGGCGGCGCCGGCGUUGCCGACGACUUCUGCAGUUUCCUCUGGCAACUCCGGGUCGCGGAGCCGUACUCGAGUGAGCGGCGUGAGGAGACGCUGCCAGUGGCUGAUUUACUGGGUGCCUGUUCUCUUCAUCUGCAGUAUUUUGUCCUGGUCCUACUACGCCUAUGUCGCCCAGCUCUGCCUGCUUACAAUGACAAAUAUUGGAGAAAAGGUGGUGUGCCUGAUUGCGUAUCAUCUAUUUUUCAUCAUGUUUUUGUGGUCUUAUUGGAAAACAAUCUUUACAUUACCAAUGAAUCCUUCCAAAGAAUUUCACCUGAGCUAUGCAGAUAAGGAAUUGUUAGAAAGAGAACCUAGAAGUGAAAUCCAUCAAGAAGUGCUGAAGAGAGCAGCCAAGGACCUCCCCAUCUAUACACGAACAAUGUCUGGAGCUAUCAGAUACUGUGACAGAUGCCAACUUGUAAAACCAGACCGUUGUCAUCACUGCUCUGUCUGUGACAAAUGUAUUUUGAAAAUGGAUCAUCAUUGUCCUUGGGUGAACAAUUGUGUCGGAUUCUCCAAUUACAAAUUUUUCCUUCUUUUUCUGGCAUACUCUCUUUUAUAUUGCCUUUUCAUUGUUGCAACUGAUUUACAAUAUUUCAUUAAAUUUUGGACCAAUGGCCUUCCUGAUACUCAAGCCAAGUUCCAUAUCAUGUUUUUAUUCUUUGCUGCAGCCAUGUUCUCUGUCAGCUUGUCCUCUCUCUUUGGAUAUCAUUGUUGGUUAGUCAGCAAAAACAAGUCAACAUUAGAGGCAUUCCGAGCUCCUGUUUUUCGACAUGGGACAGAUAAGAAUGGCUUCAGCCUGGGCUUCAGCAAAAAUCUAAGACAGGUCUUUGGAGAUGAGAAAAAAUAUUGGCUGUUGCCAAUAUUUACCAGCUUGGGUGAUGGGUGUUCCUUUCCUACUUGCCUCGUUAAUCAAGAUCUUGAACAAGCUUCUACUCCUGCAGGACACUGUGCUGCAAACAAAAAUGAGAAUAAUCCUCAUUUUCCUGCCAAACCGUUACGAGACUCCCAAAGCCACCUUCUUACUGACACUCAAUCCUGGACAGAAACCAAUGCAAACAUUGAAAAGAACAAGCUUGGUAUGAGCAAUCCUGCACUAACUAUGGAAAAUGAAACUUAAGAGCAUCCAAGUAAAAAAUAGAAAGCCUGGAUUUUCAAAUUUGUUAUUGUUGAUGAGAGGCUGAAGGACUCCUCCAUAACAUCAGCAUUCAUCAAACAGCUGCUCCAGUCCACUGCUGUGUGGAUCUGUCCAGAAGAUAUUUCAAGACCUAAUUCAGCUGUCUUCGUAUCAUUGCUUGAUGACCUGUUGUCAUGUGUGUAAAAGAAUGUUUUAACACAUUCCAAAAUAUUGUUAAAAUACAAAAGGGAAGUCAAGAAAAUCAUAUGUUGGCAAAGCAGGAACACAGGAUAACACAGUUCAGAAAAAAAGCCGUUUUUGCAGCGGCAUUGAUAGCUCAGGUGAGUAUAUGUAUAGCAUGAACAUGCUCUUGCAGCAGUUCUUAAAUCUUUCUCUUGUUUCUGAUUACUACCUGCAAGAUACCUUUAUUCCUGGGAAUGGACUGUCAACUUGGAUCAGUUUGUUAGGUAGGCUGGGUAUAAUGAGUGGAUCACGUUAUUAUGUCUAGCUGAGUUAGCAACACAGUUGUAAUUCUGAACUGAUUGCAGAUAACUUGGGUAAACUUGGAAAAGGUUUUGCUUGGUACUAACAUCACUACUCUCCUCCCUUCUUAUACACUGACUACCUACUUAUAGGUAGACUAUACUUUGUAUCUUCAUGGAAAAGCAGG